AGAUAGGGCGUUGGAGGAGGUCGUGUCUGGUGUCUGCUCUGCUAUACUCGACCCUACCCUAAUCUAGCAUCAUCUACUGUAAUCUACUAUCAUCUAUACUCUAGGUGCGGCGAGGACAGGCGGCGGUGACGACCAGAAGGGGAGUGGUUGAAGUGGCCACGCUCCUGCUCCUUGUUCUCGGCGCCGCAGGGCAGCUUCUGCAGUUUGGACCCUGCACUCGUGAGUGCGGAAGACUCGCAGUGCCGUGCUCGGGCUGAGACUCGGGGUGGUGGUGCUACGGUGAGGAUGUCCCGCCGCAGUCUCCGCCUGGUCACCACCGGCUACUACCAGGACGACGACGAUGCCUCCAGCAGCAGCGGCGGCUCCUCCAUCAACGGCGCUCCCUCUUACAAGGAGAGUCCUGUCAGGUUGCACAAGAAAAGGUCAAACAGCAAGGGGCCGGGACCUGUGCCUGGUGUCAAACGUUCACCGUCCAACAGUUCAGUCAACAGUCUGAGUAGCUACAUCAGCAACGUCAGCAACGCCUCCACGCGCUCUCAGCGCUCUCUGCACCUCGGCAGCAGCAGCGGCUGGCAGGAGCCCGUCGCGCCUUCCACUUCUUCCAACAUCUACAUGUCGUCGACAUCUGGCUACUCCACCGAGGGUGAGCUGCAGGGUUUGGCGUACUCUGAAUCGUUCUCUCCCCUUGCCAAGCUGUGGGGCUGGAUCUCGCUGCUGUCUCCAGAAAAAGCUCUGCCCCUGGUGUUCUGGUGGUUGAGCACAGCCUGGUACCAGUUAACAACGGCCAUCUCCUUGAUCGAUGUCCUUACUCUGUCCAGGUGUGUCCCUCACGUGAAGAAGUGGAUGCUGCUGGUGUUGCUGGCAUUACUGGGUGUUGGCCUCUUGAUGUCACCCACAGGUACCUGGUCUCGUGCCGAAAAGCCGGACGCGCUGGAAAGCACUCAGGCUGGCCUGCAGGUGCGAGUGCACAGAAUGGAGAAGGAGCUGGAGCUGCUGACCGCUGACUUCCGGGCUUGGCGGGACCUGGGCGGUGAGCCGUCUGAAACCAUACGCCUCCCUCCCCCGCUGACACCAGCCCACAUCGAGCAGCUGGGCAAGGUAACCCUUCAGAGGCUGGAGGAGCUUCAGAAAAUGCUGCCCUUCGAGUCACUGGAGAGGGUGCAGGCUGACAUCGCCACCAUCCAGCAGAUGCAUGAGGAGCGGACGGAGCCGGCGCUGCGGGCAGUUGAUUACAAUAACAAGAUGCUGUUGCAGAAGGUGAAGGAAAUGGAAUCUGCUGUGGAAAGGUUGACAGAUGAACAGAAGCAGCUACUGACUGCACUGGCGCUGCUGGAGGAGCAGCUCAGCCAGACACGGCUGGAGCUGCAGGCUGCACAUGCGGCACAGAAGGACAUGGACUCUAGCAUGCAAGCUCUGGAAAGCAGAGUUAAAAGUAUGACUGAUAAGGAGACGGCGUUGCUCCCACUUGUCCACAAGCUGCUCUUCGGUUCAUCAGAAGACAACACAGGGGAACCACUGACAGCACAGCUGGUGAAGCGCAAGGAACUCGAGGCCCUCGUUGCUGGCUUGGAGAAGAAGAUCCUUUCGGAUGCUUCACUUUAUCCUGGUCUGACAAUGGAGGCACACUCGGCAGCUGUCAGAGCAGGGAUUAUUAAGGAAGUGAAAAGCAUUGUGGAGCAAGCCUUGAAACUGUACAGCGCUGACAGGGUUGGAUUGGUGGAUUAUGCACUGGAAUCUGCUGGUGGCAGUGUGAUCCACACGCGCUGCACAGAGACGUUAGAGACCAAGACCGCUCUUCUUAGUCUGUUUGGCUUUCCACUGUGGUACCAAUCUCGGUCACCCAGAGCUGUCAUUCAGCCGGAGGUUCAUCCUGGGAACUGUUGGGCAUUUAAAGGCUCCCAAGGCUUUGUUGUCAUCGAACUUGCUGUCCAGAUCAGGCCUACAACCUUUACCCUAGAGCACAUUCCAAGAUCAAUUUCUCUGCAUGAAUCAAUUAGAAGUGCCCCUCAAGACUUCUCUGUUUAUGGCUUGGAUGAUGAAAAUCAAGCCGAAGGGGUCCUUUUGGGACAGUACACGUAUAACGUGGAAGGGGAUUCAAUCCAGAUGUUUGAAGUGCAGAAUAAAGAUGCUGCAGCAUACAAAGUAAUUGAACUGCGGGUGAAUAGCAAUUGGGGUCAUCCUGAAUACACUUGCAUCUACCGGUUCCGUGUCCACGGAGAACCAGCGAUGUGAUUCUGGAAGUCGGCUACCCCGUGCUCUACAACCCGACCAACCUCUACCCUGCGCUCUACAGCCCUACCUUACAAACUUUGCCAAGUUUUUACUUUCUCUACAUCCGAAGCUUCAGAGCCGGCAACAGUUCUAACUAGCUCUACCGCCCAAACUCUGCUCUGCUGUGUUCCUUGUUGCAAACAAAAGAAGACCAUUUUUCAGGAAACAAAUUCAAAGGUAUUUAGAACUGGAAAGUAUUGAAGAGAAACUCUCAGUUUCAAGACUGCAUACAUCAUCCGCCAUAAGUAAUUUGGACAAGAAUAAUAGGAAUUGAAUAGUUUUGUUUCUUAUCAAAGUACACCCUUCAGAUUCAGUGUCCACCUGUUCAUCCCUGUGGGAAAAAAAUCAGUUCUCGUUUUCAUGAUGGAUUUCAUGACGCAUUGAUUUUAAACAAUUUGUACUGGACAUUCAAAAUUCCAUUAUAUUGGUUGAAAGUUGAUCUCCCGCAACAAUGUCGACCGCAACAAUGAAAUACAAGAACGCACUAGCAAACAAUGUCAUCUUUUUUUAAGGUGCAUCUGGGCUUUUCCUCUUGUACAUAACCAUUAAUUUCAGCUUGGUAUAGAGUUUGCAAAUGGUCGAACAUUUGUAAUGGUUAUCAUACACCCGACUGAAAUUCCAAUACCACCCAACCACAUUUCAAUACAAGACAGAUCAAUGCAGGCAUUGCAUCUAUCAAGAAUUAACUGUUGUGCUGAUCAACUAUCCAUUUGGACUGUUGUUAAAUGGCUUCUAUUUUAACUAAAAGUAUUAAUUUUCCUGCACCUAGUCUUUGACAUGAAUUGCUCCCACCUCCGAUCUCCAGCAAGAAUAUUAUGCAAAUGUGGCAGUACAGCACACAAAGGCCUGUUGGCCUGCUGUGGAAUAUAGAAGAAUUCCAGAAAAUUCAGGUAUCUUUGUAAGAAUUCUAAUUCCCACCAGUCAGAUGGCCUGGGUAAGUCCAGAUCACUUACUGUCUGGAAAUCCACGUUACUUUUUUGUCUCUUAUGUACAUGGGUAGAGAACAAAGCUGAUAUGUUAUUACCAAUUGCUACAUGCUUUGACAGUAUCUUGACUGGCUGGGUGUCUUCCUGAGUCACCUGCAUUUAUGGUUGCUUUCCAAGAGGAGGCUGUGACAAAUUACAAAUAUUUAUUGAAUUUUAUUUUAAGCUGUCCAAUCUUUUUGAUUUGUGCGUUUAAUAGGAUGUUGCAAGCUUUGCGUGUACUGCCAAUUUCUAAUUGCUUAUUCAGUUGCUUAAGUGCAGCACUGCUGCUAUCUGUGUUUGAAGGUUCCUGGUCCCAUACUACAACUGUAACCCUGCUCUGCUCGGUGUAAUGAGCAGCAAGUUUUCUGCAAAAUCUGCGUUCAUUUCUUAGCAUCAGCAGUGUUAAGUUUCUGUUAAACUUAUCGAUAGUUCAGUCACUAAACAAGCCAGAAUGACAAGCCCUCUGCUGCCGUAUGAAUUUGUGAAUAUGCAUUAAUCCCCAAAUUCAUAUUCCUAUGCAUUUGUAAAAGUUUUAUUGAUGCUCGACUCACCCACUUUAGAUUAAUAGUCAGUCCAUAUCUUUGGCAACUAAUGAAUUUCCUCAAUUAUCUGGGCGAGUGUUGAAUGUACGGGUGUUAGAAAAAAAAGCACAGUUUCAAAGGAUGAACAAAAUUUCAAAGAAUUUUCUGACAUUUUUUAAUUAAGGGUCAAUGUAUAUUAUUUUGAAACUAAGACAAAAUCAAAGCAAUGGUGAAGCUUAUAUUAAUGGGUUUAUAUUAAUUAAAAAUAUAACAGAUUCUGAAUAGAGAUCUCUCCAACCAUUGUUUGGCCUCAAUGUGACUCCAGGUCCAUGGCAAUGUUGCAUACAGUUUAGCUGUUUGAUAUUGCCUACACACUUGUAUCAAAUUGUGAAAGUGAUCCAAAAAUAUAGCUCAUCACCAUCUCAAUGACAAAUGGCUUUAGGCUAUAAAUGCGAACAAUGUCAAGACUCCCACAUGUGGAUUGAUAUAUUUAAUUGAAGUGAAUUAUUCUUGCUGCACUGAAGUUGCACAACAUAAUUCAAUCAAUCAAUCAAGUUUUAUUCGUCACUUGCACAUAAGUGCAAGUGAAAUUAAUUUGCCAGCAGCGGUACAAUAAAAAAAAACACACAAUACACAAUAAAAAUUUACACAGACAUUCACCACUGUGAUGGAAGGCACAAAAUUUGGCCAGUUCUCCUACAUUUUCCCCCCCGUGGUCGGGACCUCCACUCUCCACAGUCGCCACUGCGGGCGUCCAGAUGUUCAGACAACGCGAGUCCAAGUAAGUCCUGAAUCAGUGCCUCCUCACCGGAGACUGCGGCUUCAAGAUGGUGUAGGCCGGCGGUCGAAGAUUUAAAGUCCCCGCCGCGCCUCAGUCAGAAGCACCGCAGAGUGCAGGGCCGCAGGGCCAGCAGUGACAGCUCCUCUCCAGGGAUCCCUGGCGAGGGAUCCCGCUCCGGAUGGUAAAUCCCCGCCGCAUCCGCGGUAGAAGCUGGUCACGGGCCGGCGGUCGGAGCUCUUCUCCCGGGUCCCCAACGAGGGAUCCCAGGCUCCGGACGCUGCGCCAGCUGGAGCUCUGCAGACCGCGACUUCAGGCUGCCGCGGGCCAGAUGAUAGCUAGCCUCAGAAAAAUAUUCUCUGAUAAACUUAUUUCAUCAUGGCCCCUUUUACCAUUUGAUCAGCUUUGUACCCGUUCACUUUAUACAAUUGACCCAAAAUGCUCUUCCUAUGUUAAGUUCCACUGGAGUUUAAAAUUCUUAUGAGUACAUAUUUUAUUAUUGAGCAGAAGUAACAUGUUGAAAAUGUUAAAGGCUCCCUCUAGUAGGUAUGUUACAAUACUUACCUUCAGCGGCGCUGCAAUUCUGCCACUGGCCGUGUGUGCGAUUUUGGCGUGUUUGAGGGGGGGGGGGGCGGGGUUAAAACGCGUUUUUUUUUUUCCGACCUGGUCCUGGAUUAUAUUUUGUUGGAGUGCAAGACUUUGCUAAAGAAUCGUUCCAACGGCUGUUCUGUGUGGGUUUUUUUUUAAAUUCGCCCGACAAGUUAUCGCUGGACAAGUUAUCGCGGCAUUGACGGCUUCUGAAGCCGUCAAUGCCGACAACAGGGACGGAUUUUAUGUAGGGGACAGGUAAAAGAAAGUAGUUUAUUUUUAUGUAUAAAAGUGUUUCUUAAGAUGCAUUUAAUUCACAUUUUAAGUUGCGAAACGGUGAUUUUUUCCCCCCGAAGAACCGGCAGUGUUUUUGCUGCAGAUAUGGGGGACUAAAAUCACCGCAACCGCAACAUUCCAAAUGGUUGCGUUCCAGAAAAACCCACUCGCAAGCUGAUUUAAAUUACCAUUAAUUUACAGGUAUUAAACAUUAUAUUCCUUCCAUUUGGCCUAUAAACCCAUGACAAUGAGCUUUAAAAAUUAUGUUAUAUUGUGAAUUCUUGUGUGAAUGUUAUUUGGACACUUAGGCUAUUUAAAAAUGUUAAUCUAUUCUUAAGAAAUAGAUAAAUGUUUAGAUCUAGUAAUUGAAUUUUGUAAUUAGCUACAAUUAGGUCUAACUAAUUAUAUGCUUUAAUUUCAAGUCAUCUAAGUAAGAUUGUUUCAUAUUCGUUUCAGAAUGCUUCAAUCUAUAAUAACUGAAAAUUUAUUUCAGUUCUCUUAAUUUUUAAGAAAGUUAUGGGCUUUUGACUGUUCUCGAUCACAGCUUUUGUAUUAAGUCAAUGAAAAAGCAAUAGGGAACAAGAUGCUAAUUUCCGAGUAUGAAAAUGGCCAUGACUUUUUUAAUACUGAAGAUAUGAAAGUGAAUUAGGUGUCAAAUUAAACUUUUUAUGCUUUAUCUGAUGGGAUAAAUUAAAGACUUGAUUUUUAAAAUCUCAAAAUUUUGUAACAUUGCUACCUCUAGCAUGUAUUAAGUAUGACAUUGAGUAAGAAUACAAGAUCAUCAAACCAUCUACACGACUGUGGUAUGCAUCUUCUCAUUACACUGAGCAGAGCAGGGCUACAGUUGUAGUUUGGCCCCUUCUGCUAUACAGUUACAGUGCAAAAUUUGGUUAAGAAUGAAAAUGAAAUCGGAAAUUCCCUCAUGGAAGUUUUAACUAAAUAACUAAGUAGCUAUUUGACUAAACAGUUGGAGGUACAGGUACAGGAAUUCUGGCUAACAGUAUGUCAGGAGCUAGUUGCAAUUUAUUUUUUCAUCCAUUUGUUCAUUUUGUUGAACUUGUUAUUUUCAAAUCUUUCUUGUGUUUGCCCAUGUGAUUUUGUUCAUAGAUGGGAAAUGCUUCAUUCUCAAGUGUCAUGUAUGGAAUAUGUAAGAAAUACAUUGCUAACCAGCUACCCUCAUACUGUUGAUUUAAGGAAAGUCUGUUUAAAACUCAAACAUUGGAAAUGCUUUGGGGAAGGGUAAAGAGUUAGUACUGUCUACAACAAUGUUCCCAGACUGAACUACAUUCUCGUGAAAAUCUGUCAUACCGCACCUAGACAUGGCAUUUCUGAUUUACUUUCCACCUGCUUUACAUUUCACUUAGGCCUUUCCACUAUUAUCUGAUUACCUUCCUCAACAACACUGGCCUACCACUAUCAGAGAAACCUAUGAUUGCGAUGAGACCUUGCCCUCUGCCAAUGCAGUUUAACCUUUCCAGUUCCAUUUCAAUUGUGCUUCUCUUCAUUCCCCGCACCAUUAAUUGUUCAUCAAAAGCAUAUUCAACCGUUAUAUUAUAUGGUACGCAAAUCUCUUCCAAAUUACCAAAAUAACUUUUCAGUGGUUAUUAAGAACUUGGCCAUAAGAAAUCAACCUUAAAUGUAUCUAUAUACAGUACAAGAUGGUAAAACAGCUUUGGAAGCUAUCUUUUAGCAUCAUGGACUGUUUUAAACAAGACAUGAACAGGAAUUCUGCCAUGCACAAUCUGAGAAGCAAUUUCAGGCCGUCGUAUUAAUUGGAAAUCUGAUCAAAAGGAGUUUCCAUUGAUUAAAGUGGGAAAUUGAAGCAAUGAAAUGGGGAAGACUUUCGAGAGUUGGAUGUAUGCUCUUUGGGGGCUGCAUAGGCCAGCUUUGAUUUGCAUCCAAUAUUGGACAGUAUCUGAUCUAGAAAUUAUUGAUCUACGGGCCUGAAAUUAAGGAGUAUUGCAUUUUCUGAUUUAACAUCCAUCACUUUGCUUUUAUUCAAAAAGUCAGAUUUAUCACACUUAUUUUCAACUAGACCAGGUCGGACCCAUGGGCCCAUCCCUCCCAGGCUAUAUUCAACCGCUCUCCCUUAUCUCACAACUGCUGAGGGGUUCCCGUUGUGACGCCAGAGAUCUCCGUCAUGAUGCGAGUUACGGCAAUUCUUUAAUGUAAAUGUGAUUCGCGAUCCCAUCGUGACGUUAUUGUAAUGCGGCUGAUGGGCAGGGCAAGUGAAAAAGUGAUUUUUGUAAAGUUUAAAAUGUCAAUACCGUGUAAAAUAUAACAACAAUCUGAAUGAAACUUGGCUUUUGCACACUCCAGGACAAUGGUGAGUAAGGCGGGCCAAAAAUUGUAGCACUAUCGUGUACCAUUUUGGCAGCGUUUCCAGGACUUGCUCACAUGCAAGCAAACAAGACACAAAUUUUUGGCCCUUACUCACCACUAUCCUGUGAUGUGCUGUGGCAAGUUUCGUUCAGAUUGAUGGUGUAUUUUACAUGUUAUUCACUCAGAUUCUGGUUAAUCCCAGAAUCAACAAAUUUACCCGCCCGGUUGGUGAAAUUUACCCCCUGGGUAAAUUUACCCCAGGAUGGGAACCCUUGGUCUAGUCUUAAAUUAUAAAAUCCAGUAUCGGCUUGUAUGUGGUUAGAAUUUUAAUUUUGUUCUCCUUCCCCAUACGUUUUUUAUUUCCUGCAGUUGGUGUUUAAAACAUAUUUAACUAAUAUGGAAAAAUGUCAGAAGACAAGCGCUGGUCGCCAAAUACUUUAGCUUAAUGACCUGCAGUAUUAACUGAACCUGCUCUGUGUCAUGAGGCAAUAUUUGCACUACCAUGCUGUUGCACUGCUCACAAGCACCUUUUAAAAUUUGUUAAAGGAUUUGUCACAGUGAUUCAUAGAGAACCAGCAAAAUGAAUGUAAACUAUUGCCAACUAACGUUUUUACAUAACUAUUGUAUGAAAGUAUUUAUUGACAGGGCUAUCAUCUAUAAAAAUAUACGGACACGAUUAAAAAGGGUGUUUUAUUUCCUGAUUUAAAAAAAUAUUGCGAUUGUUGAAGCUGGUGAGUCAUCCAUGCUGUACAAGGCAGUAGGUUUUAAUCAGAAUAUAAAUGCAAAACCACUUAAUACAUGAGCUGCACAUUGUAUUUUGCCGCUAAUAUCUCUAAUAUUACUGUUUUACUUCAUUCCAACACAUGCAGUGUUUGAUAUAUUAGUGUUUUGUUGUGAUAAAACAAUGGUUUGAUUCCUGAUGUGUAAGGAUAUUUUACUGUAAAGCUUGAAACUGAAAAGCAGAAGUAACGGUAUUUGUUUAUUCUGGAAAAAAUUAGUUCGGCCCUUUACUGCUUAUUGUUUACCAUCAAAAUUAAAUAUAGUUUGUAUGUAUUUACAUUAUCAGUUCUACCAUGACUUAACUACUUGAUCAAUGCAAGUUUUUUCUAUACUUACAAGAAUUCUGGAAUUUUUAUUUUUUUAUGCUACUCUCUUAACUUAAUGUUUUGUUUGCACUGCCGAAAAUUAAAGCUUCAAAUGCAUUGAAAA